AUGGUUGAAUAUGGAAGAUUUGGGAAGUCAAAUUUGGUGCAGCCUUAUCUUUUGCAGAGUGGCCAAGAAGUUGGGCCCUUACUCUUGGAACUGCCACUUGUCACUGAGAAGAAUUUGUUUCCCGAGCUUGGUACAAGCAACAAUAGCUCUCAUAAAUUAGAUAAAAAAACAGUUAAGAAAAGUUUGAAGCAUGGUUCUACUAGCAGCAGAUGGUAUGCGGAGCUUCCUCUAUCUAGAUUAAUUGGAGUGGAGAAUGAAGAACGAAGUUCUCCUUCCUCUACGCAAUUGGUGAGACAGAAAAGAAGCACUACUUCAGCUGAACCUCCUCGCAAAGGGCGUAGGCUGGUGAAAAAGAAUAUUGUGGAGUUUGUUUCUUCGGAUUCUGAGCAAGAGAGCAACCCAAUUAGUGUUUUCCAUCAAUAUAAUGAUCUUGCAACUCCAUCUAGCCAUUCAGAUGACAUGAGGGAUAAGAAGAGAUUGAGAAUUAGGGGAACGUCUGAUGACAGUUCAAAUGACUCUGGGAAAAAUAAAAAUGACGGCUUGGAAGAUUUGAAUGAUGUUCUUACAGAACAAGUGGUUUUACCUUGUGUUUCCUUCAUUGGAUUUGAACUCUUAUGA